GAGAGGAUUGCAGGAAGAAGUUAGUAUUACUAUUAAAACGGACAAGGAAGGACAGUUUCUCAGUUAAAGGCUGUAAACUACAGAAGCCAUCAUCAGAGUACAGGGUUAACAGGUUCUCAUAGCCAUCUGCUCAGUUAUUAACUGCAUUUGGAGCGAUGAAAGCGUGGGCCCUUCUGUUGUCGCUGUGUGUGACUGCACAGGCCUUACGGAGGAUCACUCUGAAGAAAAUGCCCUCCAUUCGAGAGACUCUUAAGGAGACAGGGGUUACACCAGCAGAAGUGUUUGCAGAACUUGCACCAAAGUUGGAUGCCAGUCCUUCACUUCACAAUGGCACGGCCACAACACCUCUAACCAACUAUCUGGAUACUCAGUACUUUGGGGAGAUAAGUAUUGGUACACCAGCACAGAUGUUCAACGUUGUGUUUGAUACCGGUUCUGCCAACCUUUGGGUUCCUUCGCAGAGCUGUUCUCCACUAUACACAGCAUGCUUUAUUCAUAACAGAUAUGAUGCCUCUAAAUCUCACACACAUAUUCAAAAUGGAACAGGAUUCUCCAUCCAGUAUGCUUCUGGAAACGUGCGGGGAUUUCUGAGCGAGGAUAUAGUUGUGGUGAGUGGUAUCCCAGUGGUGCAAGUGUUUGCAGAGGCCACAGCUCUCCCAGCCAUCCCAUUCAUCUUUGCAAAGUUUGAUGGCGUGCUGGGAAUGGGUUAUCCAGAGGCAGCUAUUGAUGGCAUUACACCAGUGUUUGAUCGUAUUAUGUCUCAGGGCGUGCUGAAAGAGGACAUUUUCUCCGUGUAUUACAGCAGAGACCCAGAACACAUCCCAGGAGGAGAACUGGUUUUGGGCGGCACUGAUCCGAAUUACUACACAGGACUCUUCCACUACAUCAGCACCAAGGGCGAGGGCAAGUGGGAGGUCAUAAUGAAGGGUGUAUCCGUGGGUAAAGAUACGUUGUUCUGUACAGAAGGCUGUAAUACUAUGAUUGACACAGGCUCCUCCUACAUCACUGGCCCCGCCUCUUCUGUGUCAAUUCUGAUGAAGACGAUUGGUGCUGUGGAGCUGGCAGAGGGAGGAUAUACCGUGAACUGUGACCUGGUGAUGUCCUUACCCAGUGUGACCUUUCAUCUUGGUGAUCAAGAGUAUCCUCUGACACAGGAAGACUAUGUUCUCUGGCAGUCACAGUUUGGGGAGGACAUCUGCACUGUGACAUUCAGAGAGCUGGACCUUCCACCUCCUGCUGGUCCUGUUUGGAUACUGGGGGCUAAAUUCAUUUCGCGAUAUUACACAGUGUUCGACCGAAAAAACAACCGCAUUGGCUUUGCUCAUGCAGUGUGACACUCCAGAUAUUACUAUACUAUAACAUACCAUACCACACCGUCACACCAUACCACACCCUACCAUACCACACUAUACCACACCACACCCUACAAUAUCACACCACACUACACCAUCACAACAUACCAUACAACACCACAACAUACCACACCCUAACAUAUCACACCAUUCCACACCACACCAUACCACACCCUAACAUAUCACACCAUACUAUACCACACCCUACCAUAUCACACCAUUCCACACCAUACUAUACCACACCCUACCCUAUCACACCAUUCCACACCAUACUAUACCACACAAUACCAUAUCACACCAUUCCACAACAUACUAUACCAUACCAUACCACACCAUUACACCAUACCAUACCACACCACACCAUUCCACACCACACCAUACCACACCAUUCCACACCAUACUAUACCACGCCCUACCAUAUCACACCAUACCACACCAUACUAUACCACACCCUAAAAUUUCACACCAUUCCACACCAUACUAUACCAUACCAUACCAUACCAUACCAUACCACACCAUUACACGAUACCAUUUCAUAUCACACAAUAUCACACCAUAUCACACAGUUCCACACCAUACCACACCAUAUCACACCAUACCACACCACACCAUACCCGACCAUAGCACACCACACUUUACCAUACCACACCACACCACACCCUAUCAUAUCACACCAUAGAUUUUUUAACUUGAAAAAUAAAUUUCUUUAAGCCAAAUACACUUAAAUAUAAAAUAAAUUUAACUCAAACUUUGUAAUUUAAGUGUAUUUGGCUUAAAGAAAUUUAUUUUUCAAGUUAAACAUUUUGAGGUAAUUAGUUUCCUCAAAUUUUUUUAGUUAAAUGAACUUUUCGGUUUUACAGUGUACCAUAACAUGCCAUAUUACACCACACCACACUACACCCUAAAAUACCACACCAUACCACAAGAAAGUCUCACAAUUUAAAACAUCAAUUUUGGCCAAAACUGAGCCCUCAGAAACUAAAUGAAAUACCUUUUCAGCAAAUUGUUAGUAGCACUUUGUUGUCAGCAUUUUUUUGUUCCUGUCACAUGAAGUUCUGCAAAGACAGUGUCUGGGUGUCAGUAUCCAAAAGCACUUUGACAGACAGCAACUAAAAUUGUAAAUACAGUUUUAUAUAUUUAUGUGUGUUUCUGCCAGAACCUAUAUCGAAAAGCAUUUGGAAAGUGUCUAAAUGAAAUUCCAACUGACUUGUCUUACUCAAAAGUAUAAAUGUGCCAUUUUUGCACAGGUCAGGUGAUAGAUUGCCUAGAAACUGUGCCACAAACCUUUGAGUGAUUUGAGUCAAGUUAUAAAGUCUAGUUUUGGAGUUUAUCAUAAACAACCACAGCCUUAUUACUGGAGGUUUUAAUUUUAAAAUCCCUCGAUACCCCAAAGUUCAAUAUUAAUUUUGAUUGUCAGACUGGGAUUUCUUAAAAAACAACCAAACAAAAAAAAAAAACCCUGUUUAUGGAAAACUCACCAAAUGUCCUACUGAUACUCUAAAAAAAACCCCCAACUAAAAAUCUAGGCCACUUUAAAAAGCAUAAACAUAAUUUCGGGCAUGAAACUAGUGCACAAUUUCAGUAUCAGCUAUCUGCUAUAUACUAUACUUCAGUAUACACAAAAACUGUCACAGUUACUGUUACAGACCUUUGGUAUAUCUGUGACCAUCUUAUUUUAAUAAUUAUCCUUCAUGAAUGGCUAUUUGCUAGUUUGCACUUUAAAGGGG